UAUUCAAGGAAUCGUGAUCUUCGAACGAGAACAAAAUUAGAAUAAGGGGAAUAACCUUUAAGCCAUUUUACAGCACUAACAUUCAAUUAUUUUAAUAUCUUUGCUUUGGUAUUUAUCCUUAAAUCUUCUAAGUUGUAAAGUUUAAAUGAUUUUUGAUUACCAGCCAAUAUUUUCCUAAUGCCUAGAACAAGAUGUUCAGGCAAAACUAGUAGGCUUGGAUUGACAUGAUUGUACCUAAAUCGUGCACGGCCUCAAAUCUUGAAAUGUCAAUUAUUGGAACGAUUCAUGAAGAUGUUACGACGGAUGUUUUGGGCCAAAUCGGCUCUUGGCAAUGGCUGGUGACAUUUAUUUCUGCUACUCUGAUGGUGCCUUCGAUGUUGAAUCAAUAUGAAGACAUGUUUCUGCUAGAACCGCCACGGGACAUCGAAUGCGAUGUCUCCGCCUCCUCAUCAAUAUUUAAUACGAGCUUAUGCACCUACUCUGUUCUGAACGGCACGAAAGUGUACAAAUGCACCGCAUGGCAUGUUAAAUUUUUAUGGGUUAUUUGGAUAAAAAAAACGUGGCUGAUAUUUUGCGAUCACAAGAUAAAAUCACUAUCAACGACAAUCAUUUGCAGAUUGGGUCUAGUAUUUGGUUGUAUCAUUUUCGGUCUAUUUGCAGACAGUUUUGGAAGAAAAUUAGCAAUCUCGAUAGAUGUCGUAGCAGAAAUUGGAUUUCGCCUAAUAUUAACAUUCUGUGAUUCAGAGAGCUGGUUUCUUUUAUUAAUUUUCCUAAGGUCACUAUUUUCAAGUGCAAAUAUUUACAUGGGAAUCAUAUUAACAUGUGAAAUCGCAAGCAGUCCUUGGCGAACUCUACUAAAUACAGCCGUAUCCAUUCCACGAAUGCUGUCAGCCGUGUGCCUUGUUCCUUUGGCAAACGUCGCGCCUAAUUCCGAGACUUUCAAUUUUAUAGCCUGCAUAUUUAGUACCUCUUUGGUAAUACUUCUCAGAUGGACCCCUGAAUCACCACAGUGGCUUCUUUAUAAUAGAGGGAUUUCCAAAGCUGAAAAAACUAUAUUGAGUGCAGCUAAAUUAAAUGGUAUACAACUCUGCAGCGAUUUUAAAAUACGACCUGUUAAUCACAGAGCCUACCAAUGCUUGGAUGAAAAUUGGACUUGCGUCAGUAUACUAACCACGCAUAACGUUAGAAUUUUGACGUUAACUAUUUUAGUACUCUGGACAUUUUACUUCUUUUUAUGGAGCUCUUUAUACAUAAGAGUACAUAAUAGGCAACAAUACUACGGCCUAUUGAAAACGUUUUGCUUUAUGGUUAUCCUGGGAUUUAUAAAUUGGUCGUUAUCAAAGAACUUCAAAAUUAAAACAUUACUUACAAUGAACUUGGCCGUUAUUGGCGCUUCUAGUACUGGAAUUAUAUUUAUUGAAUUGUUAAAAUUCAAUAUUCCUGUUACUGACAUCAUUUCACCUAUUGCCUUAGCAGCUAGCGUGAUUGUACACGGAUUUAUCCUAAACUUAACGCCACGACUGUUCGCAAUUAAUAUCCGAGCCACAUUAUUUGGAUGUUGUUACUCUUGUGGGCACCUUGGUAGUAUAAUCUGCUGCCUAAUCGUAAUAUUUCGUGCAGUGGAUGAAGUUAUAUUGAUGACCGUUGAGGCUGGACUGGCAGUGCUUCUAAUUAUUUUGUGUUGUGUGUUACCUGAUGUAGAUGGGAGAGAACUGCCAGACGUUUUAGAAGAUAUGGAUUAUUUUUCAGAGUUAACGAAGCCUCUUCGAUGGGCGUCUCAAAAGACCAGCUCUGCGUCACGUGAAGAAAUUGAGAUGAGAGUGUAUUCCUUCGGGAGUGCAAAACACAACCCGUCAACCCACAGUGAUUCGGAUGAUCGUCUCCCGGCCAAGAGAAUAGGGUUUGCGUUGAUUGGGAGUUUCCUUCAAAGACUACGAAAUAGUGUACUAUGUCAAGAUUCAAAUAUUUAGAAUUUAUUUCUUUGUGUAAAAUAAAUAUAGAUUAUUUAUUUAUACUAUUUUUAGUAGGUACUUUCAUUCUUGUUUAAAAUUGAUCACAGACUAUAUUUGAUAGGCGUGUGUGACGUCAACAUAAAUUCAAUUUUGCUCGAUAAAUUAAAAACUAUUAUGCUUA